AUGUUUGAGGUAUUGGAUUCAUCAAGUGUUCAAAAGACUGGUUCGAUUUUCGAGCGUCGAACCGAUAUGGAGUAUUUUAAAAGCGCACUUCCGCGUUAUCGCCUUAAUGGUUUUCAUGUGAAGAUGGAAGACGAUUGUCCACAAGGGGGUGACGAUGUUCGUUUGUCAGUUCUGAGAGUGCUGGGCAGUUACAAUCGUCGCUCGAUGCCGUGUGUCUUAUGCGCACACAAUUUGAUUGUUUACGACCGCUAUCCGCUACUUGAUGGCACAUUCUUUCUAUCACCAGUUCAACAUUCUAAAGCAGCACUUCCAAUGAAAUUCGAAUCGAAAAGUGCAUAUUUACAUGCGAUCUGUAUUGCAUGUAUGCAUACAAAAUGGGCAUGUGUACGUUGUGCUCGUAGUGAUUGGUUUUUGGGGUCAUCGUUAGUGGUUGGCACUUUGUAUAUGUAUGAUGUUCUGUCAACGUCGCUAUGUUGUCCACCGAUGUGUAGAAGUUGCUUGAGUCCAAUGCUGAUGACCGAUUGGCAGAGAAGUUCAAUGGAAAAGGGUAAUUUCAAUCUGUUCACCGAGCAGACACGCUGUUCAGCUUGUGGUCGUCAAGAUUUUCAUCACAUCAGAAGAGCGAACAAUUUCAAGUUUUGCGACAAUGAUUUAUAA